CGGCUCAAAAUAAAUCCCAAUUUAGUAUGGAUUCCGGAUUUCCGAUAGAUUUCAGGAAAAAGAGAGUUAUAUAAAUGCAUCCUGAUCAAGUAACAUAGCUAUCUUUCUUUCUUCUUUCUUUCUUCUCACUCACUCUCAUUAUGGCUUCACUCUCUCACUCAUUCACUCUCAAUGUGGCUCCUCAGUUUCAUGUUAACCUAAACCUACGUUCUUUAUGCUCAUCAUCCAUGUCCAAACCGCAAGAACAGCAACAACCCAUGUUCUCUCUUGCCCUUAACUGCCACUACAAGCAUAACAGAUUCAUGAGAAAUCUCGAAGGAGUUAUGUUUUUUAUCGACUCUGAAACAACGGCAACUUCCUCUUCCUUUACCUUCCAGAUUCAUCCUAAUACUCGUUAUCUUGAUUCUUUGCUUUCUUCUUUCAAUCUUGGCGAAGAGUUGCGUGGUGUGCUGUGCGAAAAGAUCGUUUCCAUGUUUAUUCUGAUGGUUAACAACAAUGAGCGACAGGAGGCUGAAUUAUUGGAUUUUUAUGUGGUGGCUGAUGUCGAGUUUGUCUCUGAAGAAUGUCAUGACAUGCAAGAGGUAGUUCGUAUUUUGGCGAUGGUAGAGGAUGGGCUGUUUUCUAUGGAAUCCUUGGAAGAUCAUCUUGGGGCAGAAGAACCCAUACGAGGACACGGUGUAUCAAUUCCUAUGCUUGAGAAGUUGAAGAAUGAAAGGCAUUUUGCGGCGGCGGGGCAAAGUGGCGAUGACUGUCCGAUUUGCUUAGAGGAAAUUUGUGAUGGUGUGGAGCUAAUCAAGGUGCCCUGCAACCAUAUAUUUCAUGAGAAGUGCAUCUUUCGCUGGUUGGAGAAUCGUAAUUCAUGCCCCAUUUGUCGAUAUGAAGUGAAGGAUUAAAUUAGUUACAUAGGUUGCAUUGAUUCUGAAUAUACACUUUCUGAUAAUUCACAUACAUUAAUGUUCUUGAAUAGUUACGGUAAAUUAAUAUUGUAGCUAGAUUUGCUCUGCUGU